AUGUCGUCCCAAAGCUGCUAUGGCUACGUCAACGACCUUUUGGCUCAAGUGGAAGAUCCAGCUCAAAAUCUAUUGUACCCCCCAUUCCCAGCUAGUAUACCGACGGCUGGACCCGGUGUACAUGUGCCCGUCGCUCUGCCCGCGUCUACAGCCAUACCGACGCACGACCUCAUCACCCCAGUUCGACAUCAACCACCACCCUCCACGUGGUGGUUUGAAGAAUACAUCAACGACCUCGAUUACUCCCCCACCUGCGAUACCGACAAAAUAGCCGAAUUUGACGCAUACGCCAAGUGGUUGGUGAUCGUCACCGGGACCUGGGAGUGGGAUCCAAGGGUAGGUAUGUAUUGGGAUGCAGAGUUUAACGCGAUGUGGCCGCCGAUCAGUGUAGAGGAGUGGAUUAACAGGAUGGAAUCACGGCCGAUGCCCCCAAAGAAACCUAGGAAAUCUCGGGCAGGACGUCGAAAGGGGGGAACCUCCUCGGGGAAAUAG